AUGACACACCCUGCUUGGAAUGAUUUAUGCAAACAGCCCACACUCGGUUCUUAUUGUUCUGAAAAGUAUGCAAAGAUCGUUUACGAUUCGACACAACAACUCCAUCAGCCUGUUCAAUCGAUCUUGUCAGCUCUGAAUCUACGCGCCAUGGGGUUGGCAAAGUGCGCCCACUUUGAUUCUGCUCUUUGCGAUGCCAACGCCAUGCAGCAACUCGCGCCUUCUUCAGCACUUGGUUACUUGUGUGCAGCCAAUAUUUACAGUGAACAAGGCAAACAGCUUCAAGUCAUUCGUAUCUGCAGCAAGGGACUCAACAUGGUCGAUGCCAUGGAUACGUGCUAUGAUACACUGCAACAAACCAAAGAGGAUGCUGAACAACGCCAAAGCACACGAAUCGACUUUAUGAGCCAGCUACCAAUCGACAUUGUUAUCACAAUUCUCAUUCCCAUGAUCAUGAAUAAUUCUCCUUUGAGCUCAUUGAUACCAUGUCCCUACUUACAUGUAUCCAAUUUAUGGCGCGAUCGUUUUAUUCAAAGCUUGGAUGGGCUACGGUUCGAGGUGGACUACAACGAAGAUCACAAUCUGUCACACGUUGUCGAGCUUUCUCGUUACAUCAAGGCAUUGGAUGUCAGACCAUAUUCGCAUGCAACAUGGCUCGAGGCGUUCUUGGGCAAUCAUGAUUUUUCCUCACUACGAGUGUUGAGGAUUCGGGAGUACUUCGCUGAAUGCGUUGAUCCUUUGGUUUCGUCACUGAUACCAAUCGGCAGCAAUUUGACACAUUUGUAUGCAGCGCUCUCUUUUACGAGUGUCGUAUCCAUUGCUGAUGUCAUGCACUCUUGCCCAAACUUGGUGCUAUUGGACAUAUUCCAGCAACGUAUUCCGGAUCUUAUUUCUCUACAAAGUACGACAUGGCCCAAGUUGACAACUUUAUCAUUGACGUGUGUUGGAGGAGCCCAUUUUAAAUCAAACGACAUAAGAGCAAUCGGGGAGAGCUUUCCGUCACUCAAAAAGCUUUCAUUUUACCCAAACGAUUAUACGUUUGCAACAGGCGUUGUCUUGAAUUAUUAUCCAUGGAUGAAACGUUUGAAGAUCUUGAGCGACGGCUUUGGAGAUGAGCUGGUCUACGUGGACCAAGGGCUCCCAUGCGAGGAGAUCGGCAUUACAAGUAUCUAUAUUGAGACGGCUGAAUCACCUGAAGACUUUUGGACUUUUCUGAUUUAUGAAUUACGUGAGCAUCGAAAAACACUUGCACGCAUUGAAUGUGAUAUCUUUCCUGAUGACGAGGAGAAGGAUGCUAUCUAUGCUAUCGAGUACAUUCGGUUGAAGCAGCUCUACCUUAUUGGAUCUGGAUGGUGGAUACCGCGCAAAGCACCUAUGCUAGAAGAAUUGAAGAUGACAGCCGAUGCAAUAAGUGGAAACAUGGCAGUCCUGGAUACAAUACCACCCAAUUUGAAAAAGCUCGAGUUGGCACUGGAUGAGGAACUCGACGUUCAUAAUAAAGCCGGCAUCGAACGUUACCUUCAGCGGUUUGCACGGCACACACAGUUGAAGGAGCUCAUUAUGCAUAUUUGCGACUUGCACCACUUCGAAAACGUACUCAUUGCGACCCAUCACCUAUGGCAGCUGCAACGAUUAAUGAUCACCUCUACCCACAAGUGGGAUUAUGAUUCAAUGCAAAGAUUUAUUGAUGGACUUGUCAAAGGAUGUCCAAAUCUAGCCUGUCUGGAGCUCAAGUGCACAUCCGCGCCAUCGACCUAUUUCAUGAAGGCUUUGAAACAGCUUCCACGUUUGGAGCAAGUUGCAUUUUCAAUCGAGUCCAUCGGCGGCGAUGAUGAUUUUUGGAAUGCUGUACAAGGCACGCCCCAGCUUAAAGGUAUUCGGAUUUACCCAGCUAAUGCAGCCAACAUGGAUGCGAUCCGCGGCCUCCAACAACAACGUCUUGAUUUGAAAAUUAUCCUCGAUCAAACAUUCACACGCUUCUGA